AUGGAUUCUCUUCCAGUUGAGGCAAUCAAGCCCCUUCGACGCAUCGGAGCUGGCCACUGCGGGUCUGUCUGGGCUACACUCACCUCCAACAAGUAUCCAGGGCUUCCGAUUGCUUUGAAGAGAGAGGAUGGCAGUCCUGGGCGUUCUCUUAGAAACGAAUUUACGAUCCAAUCACAAGUCUACCAAGGACUGGGAUCAGUUCUUGUACCCUCUCCCCUCGCUUUCAUCGAGAAGAGUGGCAAUUGGAGCCAAAUCUUGGCUCAUUUACCUGAAGGCUUCGAGCCUUGCAAUGCGAUGAUAAGCGAACUCAUCAGGCCAGUAUCUGACGCAUGCCGCCGAGUAUUGGCCGAAAGAUACUGUCCACAAGGCCUGCUCCCGGCGCAAAUACUCAGCAGCCCCGAGAAUGAGCACUGCCUUGUCCGAAUCUACCUUGGCAGACGACGUGUCGUAAGCAGCGAUAAAAAGCGACACAUUUCCAGGUUCUUCAGCCUCAGAAAUUUCCCCCUGCACAUGGACCAGGUGGAGGAGCUAGGUCUUCCUUGCGACGUUUGGGCCAAGGCUAUGGGCGGCGCACUUGCCACCAUCCACUGGAAGCUGAGAGUAGAUGGCGCAGACAUUGAAUUCGUUCUGGGGGCACCUCGACAUACGACAGCCGAUACCCUUGGUGACAGCGCCCUAUGGGUCUUGGAUUUCGAUUGCUGCAAGCCAACCACUGUAGAUACUGAUGGGUUAAUGGCAAUUGCGAGAGCGUUCUGGCGAAAUGACCCUUAUUAUCCCCGCCCUGGAACGCUGGAUGAAAAAGAUCAGGAACUCUGGAGUAUAUUCACGGAAGAGUACAAGAGAGUAGGAAAGGAGGUUUUGGAAGCAGACUUACACAAUCUGGUUGAUGAGGCCGUCUCAAGGAUCGAGGAAACCCGAGGCAAGUUCUCGAGCACUACAAAUAUUUAG